AUGGGGCUGGGGAACCGUAUACUCUCUCUCGCAUCUACCUUCCUCUACGCCCUCCUCUCCGACAGGGUCGUCCUCAUCGACCAGGUGGAGAACUUCGCCAGCCUCAUGUGCGAGCCCUUCCCGAAUACUACCUGGACGCUGCCUCUGGAUUUCCCUAUCACCAACAUCGGCUCCUUCGAUGGAAAACAUCCUUCUAGCUACGGAAACCUAGUAAAAACCAAGAAGAUCAGGAAUGACGGGGUUGACGAUCCCUUCUCCGGACACCCUCCGCCGUCCUUCGUCUACCUCCACCUAACCGGCGGGUACACCAGCGAGGAUACUAACUUCUUCUGCGAGCCGGACCAGUUGGUCCUCCGAGAGAUCCACUGGCUGCUGGUGAGGUCGGACGAAUACUUCGUGCCGGCCCUCUUCUUGAACUCAAUCUUCAUGCCCGUGCUAACCCUGAUGUUUCCACAGAAGGAGGCGGUGUUCCACCACCUCUGCCGCUACCUCUUUCACCCCUCCAACGAAGUCUGGGGGAUGAUCACCAGGUACUACGAAUCUUAUCUAGCCCCGGCCGGGGAGACGUUGGGGAUUCAGAUCAGGGUCUUCGACGAGAAACAGAGUCCAUUCGACGUCGUCCUCAGACAAGUGAUCAAUUGCACCCUCACACAAAAACUGCUGCCGGGAAUUGACCUAAGCCAUCCUGCCGCCGUGGCCGACCGGCGAAAGACUAAGGCCAUUCUCAUCACCUCCCUCUACUCCGGGUACUUGCAACAUAUUCGAACCAUGUACUGGGAGCACCCGGCCGCCGGCGGUGUGCUCGUCAGCGUCCACCAGCCCAGUCACGAGGGAUGGCAGAACACGGGCAAUAAGACCCACGACAUGAAGGCGUGGGCGGAGAUAAAUCUGCUGGGGUUCGCCGACGUGCUGGUCACCAGCUCCCAGUCGACCUUUGGGUACGUCGGCCAGGCUCUCGGCGGCGUGAAGCCCUGGAUUCUCCUCAAGCCGGAGAAUGGCGCCGUACCGGAGCCCGCCUGCGUCCGGGACAUCUCAAUGGAGCCCUGCUUCCACUCGGUGCCGCCUUACGUCUGCAAGGAGAAGAAGAAUGGCGACAACAGCAGGGUGGUGCCGCACGUCAUCCAUUGCAUUGAUACUCCCUGGGGAAUCAAGCUAGUUAACCAGACCGUAUAG